AUGGUGAACCCCACUGCAAAUCCCCUGAUGAAAUACACGUUCCUGAAAUAUCUUGGCAGCAGGACGUUUGGAGAUGUUUACAGAGCACUCGACACUGCCACAGGAGGAGAGGUGGCAAUAAAAAAAAUAAAUCUUCAAGGAGUGAGGAGGAAGGAGCUAACCUUUAAUGAAAUAAUGAUCAUGAAGAGGUAUAGGAGUCCCAAUGUUGUGAAUUAUUUAGACAGCUACCUUCUGGGCGAGGAACUCUUGCUGGUUAUAGAGUACAUGGAUGGAGGUGUCCUGACCGAUAUCAUCAGCCAGACCUGCCUGUCUGAAGAUGAGACAGCAGCCAUCAGUCGGGAGUGCCUGCAAGGACUGGAUUUUCUUCAUUCAAACGAUGUGAUCCAUCGAGAUGUGAAGAGUGACAACAUCCUUCUCAGAACCGACGGCUCUGUCAAGCUGGCUGAUUUUGGCCUCGCUACUCAGCUCACCCCUGAGCAGAGCAAACGCUGCUCGCUAACCGGGACUCCUUGGUGGAUGGCGCCUGAAGUGGUGACAGGUCAACCAUAUGGCCCCAAAGUGGACAUAUGGUCUUUUGGAAUUGUGGGAAUUGAAAUGAUAGAACAAGAACCUCCUUACUUGAGUGAAAGUUCUGGCACGGCUACACACCUGAUAGCCAAAGUAGGGACUCCACAGCUGCGGCAGCCCAAGCUCCUCUCGGCUUUGCUGCGUGACUUCCUGAGCUGCUGCCUGCAGACAGACGAGGAGCGGCGCUGGUCUGCCAAGGAGCUCCUGCAGCAUCCAUUUGUAACUUCAGCCAAGCCACCAUUCAUCCUGGCACAACUCAUCAACUCUGUGAAGAAGACGAAUAACCCUAACCCUAAACCCUAAACCUAAAACCUAAACUUAAAUGCUAACCCAAACCCUAACCCUAUCCCUAUCCCUAUCCCUAACCCUUACCCUAA